CCCCAUCUUCCUUACCAUGAGGAAUGGACUGUCGCUAACAUCUCACGAGAUGAAGCCACGGGCGAUUUAAAGACCCCCCUCUCGAAUCGAACGCUUGCUGGCGUCAAGUGUCAGUGGCAUCCUACCAAAGUUGAUUGCCUCGAGCUGGAGAGGAUAAAGCAGCUUACGGCAAUGGCGUUCGAAGCCUUCCCGCCAUCGAACCCCCUUGUCACCCACCCACCACCAGCCACUGUGAUCGCCAAAAUCGUCCGUUUCGAAUGGGAACUGCCUCGUAUCGAACAAGAGACGAGAGCGUAUCAGAUGCUUGAGGGUACCGGCCUAGCGCCGCGCUUCCUGGGCCAUAUUCACGAAAAUGGACGUAUCAUGGGGUUUCUGUUGGAAAAAGCCGAGGGACGCCCAGCUUCUUUCCCGGAUCUGAGCGCCUGUGAGACCGCUCUAGGGAAACUCCACGAGUUGGGACUGGUACAUGGGGAUAUGAACCGAUACAACUUUCUCGUUACCGAUGCAGGGGCGAAGCUGAUCGACUUUGAAUGCCUUCGUGAGAAUGCUAGCCCGGGGUUGAUGAGCAAGGAAUUGGAGAAUUUACGGGCCGAGUUAGUCGACGAGUCGGGACGCGGCGGAGGUUUCAUUUUUCAUGGCGAUAGCGACUAA